AGCAACAGCUACUGCAAUGACUGAGGCAAUGCCUGAUGUUGAUGGAUGUGCCAACGAAGUUGGUGCUACUAACGACAUCUGUGUGGUUGAAAUGUUGCAACCCACGCACAGUCCAGCUGCUCGCACUGCCAGCUACGUAAAGCUGCAGAAUAACAGCAACAGCAGCAGCAGCAACAGUCGUCGGCGUCGCAGCGUUGGUGGCAAAUGCAUAUGGCCAGCCAGCGACUGGCUGCGUAAGCUACGCAACAACAACAGCAACAGUUGCAACACACAACACACACAGCAGCAGCCGCCGCCGCUACCACAACUGCAGCUGCAGGAUGAGCAGGAGCUGCAGGAGCCGCGGCAGACACGCAACAGACGCAGCAGCGUAUUGCUGAUGGUGCUGCUUAGUGGCGCUGAAAUGGAAGCCAAGGCGGUUGUUGUCAGCGAACAUAGCGCGGCGGCCCAACCGCAGCGACUGCGACGUUCAGCAACUGAUGACAUGGAAGAAGCCAUCGAUGCGCUGUGGCUGUAAGCGGCAGCAAUUCCCCACGC